UGUUCAAGUAAAAUAUUCACCCAGAUAGUACCCCCUUUAUUUUCAAAAGGCUUGAAGAUAUGUAAGCAUGUUUCAGCUUGUUUUUUUCAUUCUAUUUACUUCUGGAUUCACUGAAUCACAAGGAAAAAAAGUGCUUUGCAGCUCCUCAGAUGUAGAAAUAUCGUAUUCCUUUUGUGAUUCUAUGGACGAUGCUUUCUUCCUUAGUAUCGUACCUUGUUCCUUUAGUGAAAGUCGUUGGAAAGUUACUCUUUUAUCGAUUCCAAGGAAUGAUAUAAUCUUUUUGGAGGGCAGCGUGAAUGUAUGGUAUGAUGCUGAAAAUAUAUCAGCAUGGAAAAAAGUUAUUUGCAGUGGAUUUGAUGAUGACUAUUCAUUUUGUGGAACUCUGAAGGGAGAGACGCUCAAUACGACAUUUGAAAUUGGCGGUUUAAAGAUGAAAUUGCCAAAGGGAAUAUAUACCCUUUUUUUAACGUUAGUCUCUGGUCCUUCUGAGAAGAACUUGCUCCUGUGUAGCAAUGUCACCUUGUUAAUAAAAUAGGAUGGUUAAGGAAUUUCUGAAUAAGAUGAUUGUUUCAAUUCAUCGAGGAACACAAGAACAGCUGCUGCCAGGAACUGGAAUUUUAUCACUGAAAUAAUAAACAGACUGAUUUUGCAUGGGUAAGAAUGCAAAAUGCACUUUACUGAAUGCAUAAUUAUAAGGAAGAGGGAUAGUCUCAUCCAUUCAUAUACUUGCUAUAAUCAAAUGGCCAGCUAAUUUGUGCAAAAUUUCUAUGUGAAAACUAAGUACAAAUACAUACUGUUUAAUCUACAGAAUGACCCUGAAAUGGUGUUGUAGUUACAACUGUAUUUCAAUUCUACCCCUUGUGUUAUGCAGAAUGUGUGCUGAGGCUUAGACCUGCUGUGGGGCCGUGUUUCAGUGAAAGAGACUGCUCACCCUGCACUAGCAGUGAGGUUCCAUGCUAACUGGUGAAAUUACUGAGAGCUGGGUUAAGUGAUGGGACAUGGCAAAGGUUGCAGUAGAGAGACAGGUGGUUGCAGAGAAAGUGACAGCACAGCAGCCAAUGGCAGCGGAGUGAAGGAUGGCACAGCAGUGGUAGUGGGCAGCAAUGAAGAGUGAAUAGCAGUGGUGGAUUAGCCACUAGGCUAAUGGGGUCCGAGCCCAGGGGCCCUGCCAAUUGGAGGGGCCCCUGCAAAAAUGUGCACCCCUGACCUGCUCCGCCUGGCCCUUCUACCAGGGAGUGGGGUCGGGACAUGGAGCUUGCUCUUCUCCAUCUCCUGGUCACUCCUGCCAGGGAGUGGGGUUGGGGCGUGGGGACUUGCCUUGUGCUCCCCGCCCAUCUGGCGCUCCUGCUGGGGAUCAGGGGAAGCCCCCACACCCUGACUCCACUUCCUGGCAGGAGUGCUGGGUGGGAGGAGCAGGUCAGGAUGCAGGGCCACUCAUUCUUCCGGGGGCCACCAAAUGGCCGGGGCCCCUGUUGGCCUGGUGGCUAAUCCACCACUGCAUGUACUACUAUAUCUUUUGUGGUUAAGUUCCACAGGUCAUCUUGCCUUCUGUAUUUUCACAAUAAAUAGUUUAGGGCUAACUCCUGCAGAUUGAAGUCAGACAAGAUCACUACUGACUUUGAUGGGAACUUUGCUGGAGUAAGGACUAGAGGAUUUUGUCCAAGGAUUUGGAUUUCAGUUCACCUUAAAGUUGCUUAAUGAUUCUACCUCACAUAGUGAUCCUUAGGAAAUUAACAGGAACAUUGUCUCAAAAUACAAUAUGAUUUGGAAGUUUCCUCUCUGCACAGUCCGAUACCAGGCUUUUGUUAGGGUAGAUUCUCAGUCAGAUGUUUCCUAAUGAGUUAACGUUGGGGAUUUUGAUCAAAUAUUUUGUGGAACAAUAGAAAAUUCUGUGUUAAAGCAGUAAACUGAUUAAUAGCCACUAGGCUGUGCUGUAUCUCACAGAUUACUUUCAAUCCCUUGCUGACUAUUACAUAAACUAUCAGGAGAUAGACGAGCAGAAUUAAAGUUUUUACUUUUAGCUUACAGUGGGCGGUCAGUAUUUCAAACUGGGUGCCAAAAAAAUCAUUUUGGCACAAUUGUAACCACUCCAUUUAGAAAUUGGGCCCCAGUAAAUUUUAGUUGGGAAAUCUGAAACAAGUGUCACAAAGAAUCAUUAGACAGUGUAACAAACAGAGGUGAGGGACUGAUUGAGGCAAGACGUCAUAAUUACUUCAGAGCUGUAAUGAUGAAGUAUUUAUGCUUGCAUUAAAUUCUGCAGACACUAACAGAUGUGUACAAGCAGUUCUUAUUUUAGGUCUGAAUAGAGUUAUUGGAUAUUAAAGUUGGUUUCCUUUGAAUUUAUUCUAUAAACAAAAAAAAAUGAGUCAGAAAAUUUGGUAAUUGAUUUCUGCCUUAUUAUAUUUGUUUAUCUUCAUUUUGAACUUUACAGUUUGCCCUUAUGAAUGUUUCUAGUGACGAUCUGAAAUCUAAUACUAAAGUCACAAAAGUGUUCAGGAACCAUUGUCACUGAAACUGUUUUGAGGAUUAUUUAUUUUAUCUCAAGGCAGUUUUGCUUAUUCUCGGAAUGUUUUCAGAUACUAAAAAAAUAAUUUAGAAUGAAUAUGUUCUGAUCAUUAAUGUAGUACAUAUCCAAAAGUUGACAGAAGCUAAUAAGUGAUGGGAAAUAAAUAAAGAUAUUUACACAUCCAUUUUUUGUUAGCUUAUGUGGUUAAUACCUUGUAGAUGUUGGAGCUUUGUAGUACAGAUCUGUGGAAACACAUACGAACAUAAGAAUGGCCAUACUGG